GUGUCUUCCUCUUGAGAGUAAAGAAUCAAAAAAAAAAAAAAAACAUAUCUCAUGGCUGCUCUUGUGUCUUCCUCUUGAGACUAAGGAAUCCAAGAAAAAGAGAAAGAGAGAGAGAGAGAAACAUAUCCAUGUCCGGUCCAAGAUCAACCAUGGCUGCUCCAAGAUCAAGAAUAUGCUCUCUUUCUCUGUUAACCCUUUUCUCAAUCUCUCUUAUUCUGAUUUCUCUUUCACUUUUUGUCUAUACAAAGCCCUCUAAUAAGCCUUUCAUCGAUUACAGAAACCAAUUUUCUGUCUCUGUCUCUUUCACUCCUCCUUCUCUGUCGCCACUCGAACAAAGCAACUCUACAAACAAUACUCAUGCUUCAGUCUCUUCUUCUUCUCCUCCUAUGUCUCUUGUGGAACAAAGCAACUCAACAAACAAUACUCUUGCUUCAAUCUUUUCUCCUUCUCCUAUGUCUCUUCUUGGACAGAGCAAGACAACAAACACUACUAUUUCUUCAGUCUCUUUCUCUUCUUCUUUCUCUGAUCCAGGUAACCGAAAGAAGUCUCCAAGUCCUACAAGUAAAAGAAUUGUUAUCAGGAAAAGAAGUGGGUUGGAUAAAAUAGAAGCAGAGCUGGCAAAAUCAAGAGCAGCAAUUAAGAAGGCAGCUUUGACACAAAAUUAUCGCAGCUCUCUCUACAAAAAUCCAGCCGCCUUUCAUCAGAGCCAUGCAGAAAUGAUGAAUCGUUUUAAGGUGUGGACAUACACAGAGGGAGAGCCCCCAUUGUUCCAUGAUGGCCCUGUUAAUGACAUUUAUGGUAUAGAAGGACAAUUCAUGGACGAAAUGUGUUUGGAGGGCCCAAAAAGAAGCCGUUUUCGGGCAGAUCACCCUGAUAAUGCUCACGUCUUCUUCCUCCCAUUUAGCGUCGCCAAGGUCAUCCACUUCGUCUACAAGCCCAUCAACUCUGUCGAAGGAUUUUCUCGUGCCCGCCUACACCGCCUUAUAGAGGAUUACGUUGAUGUAGUUGCUACUAAGUAUCCUUACUGGAACAAAAGCCAGGGAGGCGACCAUUUCAUGGUAUCAUGCCAUGACUGGGCACCAGACGUGAUCGAUGGGAAUCCAAAGUUGUUCGAAAAAUUCAUAAGGGGACUUUGCAAUGCUAACACCUCGGAAGGAUUCAGGCCGAGCAUAGACGUAUCCAUUCCAGAGAUCUACCUUCCAAAAGGUAAAUUGGGUCCAUCUUUUCUUGGGAAAUCACCGAGAGUUCGAUCUAUACUAGCGUUUUUUGCUGGAAGAACACACGGCGAGAUCCGGAAAAUCUUAUUUAAACACUGGAAAGAAAAGGACAGUGAAGUACAAGUUUAUGAACGUCUUCCCCCAGGAAAAGAUUAUACAAAAUUAAUGGGAAUGAGCAAGUUUUGUCUAUGCCCGAGUGGUUGGGAGGUCGCUAGCCCAAGGGAAGUUGAGGCCAUAUACGCUGGUUGUGUACCCGUGAUCAUAUCAGAUAAUUAUUCAUUACCAUUUAGUGAUGUGCUUAAUUGGGACUCCUUCUCCAUACAAAUCCCUGUUUCUAGGAUAAGUGAGAUCAAAACGAUUCUAGAGACUGUCUCUCUUGUAAGAUACUUGAAGAUGUAUAAGCGAGUCUUAGAAGUGAAGCGGCAUUUCGUGUUGAAUCGUCCAGCUCAGCCCUACGAUGUGAUGCAUAUGAUGCUUCACUCUAUCUGGUUAAGAAGACUUAAUCUUAGGCUUAUUGCAUAAAAUGAAGCUUUUUUUUUUUUACAAACAUAGUUUGAAUGUCUAUAAAUAGACAGAUUUCCCUCUUGUAUAUACACAAGAAUGAACACAAGAUCAAAGAGUUUCAUAUUAAUUAAUAAGAUGAACUUGAUAGAAU